UGCGUGACCUCGGGCUGUCCGCAUCGCCGCCUGAGCCCGCGCGGAAGCCCAGGCCCUCGGCCAGUAGGCGUCUCUCGGCCUGCUCUCUGGAGCCACUUUCCCACUCAGGACUGUCCCCGGCUCCUCCUGCUCGUCGUUUUCCGGGAGCACGGGUCGCGGCGCUCUGGCUUGUUUCCUGAAGGGUCCUGCAGGUCCGGGAGAGGCGCAGGCGCUGACCCACGGGGUCCUCGAGCUGCAGCCCGGAAGUGCUCGCGGCCGAGGGUGGCGGCUCGCUGUGUGCGGGCGGCGUGCGCUGCCGCGUGGGCCAUGGGGCGGCGGUCGCGGAGCCGGCGGCUCCAGCAGCAGCAGCAGCAGCAGCGACCCGGGAGCGCGGAGGACGGCGCCGAGGACGGCGGGAAGCGCAGUGGGGCGGGCUGGGAAGGCGGGUACCCCGAGAUCGUCAAGGAGAACAAGCUGUUCGAGCACUACUAUCAGGAACUCAAGAUCGUGCCCGAAGGCGAGUGGGACCAGUUCAUGGAAGCGCUCAGGGAGCCUCUCCCGGCCACUUUAAGAAUUACGGGUUACAAAAGCCACGCAAAAGAGAUUCUCCAUUGCUUAAAGAACAAGUAUUUCAAGGAACUGGAGGACCUGGAGGUGGACGGGCAGAAAGUUGAAGUUCCACAGCCCCUGAGUUGGUAUCCUGAAGAACUUGCCUGGCACACAAACUUAAGUCGAAAAAUCUUGAGAAAGUCUCCACAACUGGAAAAGUUUCACCAGUUUCUGGUUAGCGAAACUGAAUCUGGAAACAUCAGUCGUCAAGAAGCCGUUAGCAUGAUUCCACCACUGUUGCUUAAUGCUCACCCUCACCAUAAGAUUUUAGAUAUGUGCGCAGCACCUGGAUCAAAGACCACACAGCUAAUCGAAAUGCUGCAUGCCGACAUGAGCGUGCCUUUCCCAGAGGGGUUUGUCAUCGCGAAUGACGUGGACAACAAGCGCUGUUACCUGCUUGUGCAUCAGGCCAAGCGGCUGAGCAGUCCCUGCAUCAUGGUGGUCAACCACGAUGCUUCCUGCAUCCCUCGGCUCCAGAUGGAUGUGAACGGGAAGAAGGAGAUUCUCUUCUAUGACCGCAUCUUAUGUGACGUCCCUUGCAGUGGAGAUGGCACUAUGAGGAAAAACAUUGACGUCUGGAAAAAGUGGAGCACCUUAAACAGCUUGCAGCUGCAUGGUUUACAGCUGCGAAUUGCAACUCGGGGCGCUGAACAGCUAGUGGAAGGCGGCAGGAUGGUGUAUUCUACGUGUUCGCUAAACCCCAUUGAAGAUGAAGCAGUCAUAGCAUCUUUACUGGAAAAGAGUGAAGGUGCCUUGGAACUUGCUGAUGUGUCCUCUGAGUUGCCAGGACUAAAGUGGAUGCCUGGACUCACACAGUGGAAGGUGAUGACGAAGGAUGGGCAGUGGUUUGCAGCGUGGGAUGAUGUUCCGCACAGCAGACACACCCAAAUUCGGCCUACCAUGUUCCCCCCAAAGGACCCCGAGAAGUCACAGGCGAUGCACCUAGAGCGGUGUCUUAGGAUAUUACCACAUCAUCAAAACACUGGAGGGUUCUUCGUAGCAGUAUUAGUGAAAAAGUCUUCAAUGCCAUGGAAUAAACGUCCCCCAAAGCUGCAGGGUGAGUCUGCAGAGCCGCGGGGGCCUGUGCAGCCGGGCCCCGCAGAUCCCAUGGGAAGGAGCGUUUCCCACCCCUUGGAGCUGGAGAGUAAACCGGCCGCUGGUAUUAGUGACACAGAAGCAACUGAAAGAGCUGAGAAUUUAGAGAAUAAUGAAAAUAAGAAAGAUGGUGUGUGUGGUCCUCCUCCAUCUAAGAAAAUGAAGUUAUUUGGAUUUAAAGAAGAUCCGUUUGUAUUUAUUCCUGAAGACGACCCAUUAUUUCCACCUAUCCAGAAAUUUUAUGCUUUGGGCCCUUCCUUCCCAAAGAUGAAUUUGUUAACUCGAACCGUGGAGGGGAAGAGAAGGCAGCUCUACAUGGUGUCCAAGGAGCUGAGAAACGUGCUGCUGAACAACAGUGAGAGAGUGAAGGUUAUUAACACUGGGGUUAAAGUCUGGUGUCGAAAUAACAGCGGUGAAGAGUUCGACUGUGCUUUCCGGUUGGCGCAGGAGGGAAUAUAUACAUUGUAUCCAUUUAUUAAUUCAAGAAUUGUCACCGUCUCGAUGGAAGAUGUUAAAAUUCUGUUAACCCAGGAAAAUCCAUUCUUUAGAAAACUCAGCAGUGAGGUGUACGGCCAAGUCAAGGACAUGGCCAAGGGCAGCGUCGUCCUGAAGUACGAACCGGACCCCACGAAACCGGACACACUCCAGUGCCCCAUCGUGUUGUGUGGAUGGCGGGGAAAGGCCUCGAUUCGAACUUUUGUGCCAAAGAACGAACGGCUUCACUAUCUCAGGAUGAUGGGGCUGGAAGUGUUGGCAGAAAAGAAGAAAGAGGGAGCUGUUCCGACAAGCGAGAGUGCAGCCAGCCCUGGGGCUCCGGAGGACAAGGCGGGUGCCGAGCAAGGGGCAGAGUAGCCGGCCGGCCGGAUGCCGCCACAGGCAGUGACCCGGCGGCCGGCCCGCCCUGGUGCGCUGGCUGCAGGGGCCUCCACCUCGGCGUCGCCGCUGAGACGAAACCCAGGCCUCCUUCUGACUGGUGCGGCACACAUCUGUAAAGACUGGGAAGUGGCGGAAGGUUAGGUCUUUGAAUGACCCCCGGACUCCUUUCACAUGGAGCGUAUGGAAGGUAUUUUUUUAGCUUGUUAGAAUUUCCCCAUUUCUUUGGCAAAGAUGGGUCCAGUAUGCCUGUUGCUGGUAAUGGACUUUCAUUGUUAAAGUCUUAUUCUACCAAGACAUAUAACUGCCCUGGCAGAAAAUUUCAGGUCCCUUUUGUUAUGCCUAUAUUGGUCUUAAGGCCUAGUGCUUCUUUUAGGCAUUUUUUUAGGGAGAAUCUGUAACUACGCAUGGAUUGUUGGAAAACUGUACUAUCAGCUUUAAUAAUUGUAUUAAGUUGCCCAUUAGUGCGACAUUAAUACGCAGUGGGGUUAAUAUCUGAGGUCUCAGAUGACUUCUGUGCCUUUGUAAUAAAAGGUAAAAUACACUUUCUCACAGUAAGAGCUGUAUUGUGAAUGUGAUACUAGUCGUGAGGGGCUUAUGUGCUUUUAUUGGAGUACCCUGCAAUUUUAAUUUUUAAAUGGGGUUUGGGAUCCUUGGGAAGUUUAAAUAAAGAGUCAUUAAUGAAAA